AUGAAUCCUGCAGAUGAAACAGAUGCUGAAAAAGUUAGUGGAUCUAGAUGCAAGUCAUGCCAGCUAAAAGAUAGCUACUUCAAUGAUUUAGACAAAACCACCAUUGCUGGGUUAAACCAUGUGUUUAUGAAGGAUUCAUCAAAAAUAAGGAGGUUAAUAUGGGCCUUAUUCUUUAUUGGAUGUAUUUUAGGCUGCUUGGUAUUAAUUGGCCUGAGUAUUAAUCGAUUUGUAGACAAACCAACAGCAUCUACUAUCACUGUUGUGUCUAACGAUGAAACUGGGAUAUUCUUCCCAGCUGUCACCAUCUGCAAUCUCAACUUGAAAAAGAAUGAUUCAGAUGUUCUUCUAAAUACCACUUAUCAAGUGAUGAACUUUCUUUACAAUUCGGAUGAAAGCUUUCAAUUUACCGGUAGUAAUACAAUGAGCUUGGGUAACACAUGUACAGCUCCUCUUUCAAAUAGCAUUCAAAAUGCUACAAUAUGGGAUAUUGUAAAUCCAGACAGGGCAGUAGAUGAGUUAAUACAUUACUGUGGCUUCUUGCAUGGAGCUGACAGUGAUGUCGUGAUGUGCGAGGAUCUUUUUGAACCAGUACUAACAUCAGCAGGAAUCUGCUACACAUUUAAUGGAACUAAUAAGCUUGCUAAUAGCACUGGUAUAAGAUAUGGUCUGAAGCUAAUACUGAAUAUACAACAGAAGGAAAGGCCAUCGUUCAAUGGAAAGUCAGGAGUUAAGCUUGUCAUUCACGAUGGCCGAGAUAUUUCAAGGCCUAACCUGUAUGGUAUUUCUGUACCACCUGGUCAUGCUAUUGAUGUUGGUGUACACAAAAUGGCUACACAAGAUGAGACAAGUCAAGCUAAUUGUAUCAAAAGCAUGAAUCUUCCUUUUUUUCCAAGUGACAAAUUUGAUUAUUCUCAAUUUGCCUGCAGAGCAAAUGCUGUUGCUGAAAAUAUAGCAAGAAGAAGCAAAUGUAACUGUGUCAUUCAACCUGAUAGGCCUCCUGGUCUUUAUGCAUCCACUCCUAAUUGUACAUUUGGUAAAGCAUGCUGUCUGUUGCAAGAGCACUACAAGUUUAACCCUGAAGAAAUUAACUGUCCUCUACCAUGCCACUUUCAAUAUUAUGAGCAUACUGCUAGCUAUUCCAGUUUCCCUAAUGGACAAUACCUGCAAAGACUAAUGGAGGCAUCAAACAUGUCUGCUGAAGAUAUCAAGGACAAUUUUUUGUCCAUUAAUGUUUUUAUUGAUGAUUUUCAAGUUACCACAACAACUACUCAAUACACGUAUGGUAUAGAAGCUCUGCUAGGAGAGAUUGGUGGUCUGCUAGGUUUAUUUAUUGGAGUGAGCAUCAUUACAUUUUUUGAGUUGCUAGUGCUCUGUGUGGAUGAACUCAAGAGGUUAUGUUGUUCUCAAGCUAUAAUAAAAAGAAUGAAGAGAAUAGAAGAGACUGCUCUUGUCCCAGUGGUAGAGUCAGCAGAAGGAUCAUUAUCAAAUGAGGAAGAUGCUCCAGAAGAAGUGACAAGUCAACCCGAGGCUGAAUCAAAUAAAACAAGCCCAUCAUCUCGUGAUGCCAAUAGUGACAGUAAUGAGGGUAAAUGCAUCAAAAUUGAAGAAAUUAAACUAUAG